AUGUCUUCUGCAAAAUACUACAGUGAAAUUAGACAUAUAAUCUACCUGUACAAUAUUACAUAUAAAGGACUUUUCUCUCGCUACAGGAUCCGUAAGAGGUCCUUCCAACUGCCAGAAGAAGUGAAGGAUCAAAGAGUAGCACUGCUGAAGGAGUGGUCGCAUUACAAGUAUCAGCAACAUCUGGCGGAAACUACUAUGAUCGAUGAAGUUAUGGCAUCGCAGCAGCAUGCAUUAGAGGAGCUUCGAAAGGUGUCUGAGGAUUUGUGGCUUGAAGCAAUACAGCUCGAUCAGACUUUGCUCCCAUAUCGUGCAAGAGGGCCACUUAGAACACCACCUAUUCAGGAUUACGAUACGCCAGAUGGAGAGUAUUUCAAUAGAACCAAGAAAUGGGAUUAAAAUUAAUUCUUUAAUAGUAGUUGGAAACCAAUGUCAAUUCAUUUAUUGAUCUUGCACAGCUGUUGCACAGAAUUUAGAUGCUGCUUAUAAUUUUGUUAGGUGUAACAUUGUACUAAAUAUGAUUGAGGCAUGUGCAGAUAGACUGAAUUUUGUAAUGGGUGGUUAUUUUUUAGGAAGAAUGUAAAUACUGUAUACUAAAUAAAAUCUGUCGGACAUUAUCAGUGUAUAACUACU